AUGCAGUUCAACGGCAUCCUCCUCGCCCUUGUGGCCAGCUCUGCCAUGGCCAUGGCUGCUCCUGCGGAAGACAGUGCCAGCGGUACUCUCAGCGCGAAUUGGUCUUGCCCCAGUGGGUGGAAGGUUUGUGGAGAGUGCAACGGCACAUCCUGCAAGGUGGCAGGAACCAACCGUGGAUGCGACACUGGCAGUUGCACCAAGCAAAGCGGAGCUGGCGAUGGAGCUAUCUGUGGUUCGAAAUGGGCUGGAAACUGGAACAUGGACUGCCCCGGAAAGGCCUAA